AUGAAGCCAGCUGGACUUUCUUUAGGAGAGCGCGGGUUGCUCCGGGAGGCAGUUGAGGUUCUGCCUGGCCGCCUCUACUACCGGAAGGCUGUCUUCCCCCCACACGACACUCCCGCUAUUCAUUUUUUCUCGGUAGACAAGCUCUUCGUCUACGAGCCCUUUUUCUUAGACUUUGGCCCUCUAAACCUCUCGUGCAUUUUUAAGUACUGCAAAAUGAUCAAGGCCAUGCUAGUGAAUUCCACGUUGCGACGGAAGUUGCUGGUGCACUAUUCGGCCUUCUCCCAGGACAAGGUGGCCAACGCAGUGUUGCUGCUUGGCAGCUUUUUAUUGAUCGAAAUGAAGAAGACGCCGGAGGAGGCUAUGAAGCCUUUCUCGGAGCUGAGUGGCAGCCUCAAACCUUUCCGAGAUGCCACAUACUCGGGUUGUGACUUUGAACUCAGCGUUCUGGACUGCCUGCGUGGCCUGUCCUACGCCAUGCAGCUGAAUUGGUUCAGUUUGUCGACUUUUAAUCAGGAGGAGUAUGACCACUACGAGCGUCUGGAAAACGGUGAUAUGAAUUGGAUCAUCCCAGGCAAGUUUCUCGCUUUCAGUUGUCCUUCGAUCGGAGGGGCGGCCAUGAGUGCUCGGAGAAGCGGCGACGGCGAGGGCAGCGGUUGCUGCAUGCCUUCCCAUCACGUCAGCGUCUUCAAAAAGCUCAACAUCAAGCUUGUCAUUCGGCUUAACAAGAAGAUGUACGACGCACAAGUUUUCAAAGACGCAGGAAUUGCGCAUUACGACCUCUUUUUCGUGGAUGGUACUUGCCCCCCUCGGGAUAUCAUGGAUAAGUUCCUAGAACUGUGCGAGUCUUGCGACGGUGCCGUGGCCGUUCACUGCAAAGCUGGCCUUGGACGCACAGGCUCUCUGAUUGGCUGCUAUGCAAUGAAAAACUACAAGUUUCCGGCACUCCCGUGGAUUGGGUGGAACCGAAUUUGCCGGCCGGGCAGUGUGCUUGGUCCCCAGCAGUACUUUCUUUGCGCCAUUCAGGAUGAAUUAAUGCAGAUGGAUGCCAUUGAGAGCUGUCGUCCCUUGCUGCAGAAGCGGCCCUCUAGAAAGCAGACUUCUGUGGACGGAGUGGACGCCUUGGCGGUCAGCUUGCAGGAUAUGCGAUUGGAGGACAGACGAGUUGCAGAGCUCGGUGACGAAGGACAGGGUGAUCGUCUGAUGGAAGCCAAGAGGCGGUCGAAGCCGGCACCGCAGGUGCAGUCGUCUGGCCCGCGGCAACUGCAAACUUCCAUUUCCUUGCGAGAGAGGACUACACCAGGAAAUAAGGGCCCUAUGAUCGCUCUAUCGAGGGAUCGCUCAUCUUCGUCGUCUUCCCACGUGGAUCUGCUAUUGCACAAUAAGUUCGUUGGGCAUCUGCUGACUCCGAUUGCAGCUUCUGCCGUGGCUGCACGAAGGCCUCCUAGCAAACCUUGCCAUAUCCCUGCCGCGGGAGGCCCCUCCGGCAUGUGCGUAGCCUCGGGGUCUAGGCCCGCCAGCAGUCGUUCCCGCAACGACGUUUAA